CUCAGGAAACACAAUCUAUCUAGUGAUAUAAUUAAGUAUCAUCUACUAAGCCGUGUUGAGUGGCUGGUUUCUAGUGGGAUUAAUUACCAGGUUGCUGAAAUAUCUCUAAGUAGAAGCUAUGGCUUCUAAUAGAAAUUGUCCUGAAAUACGAGAGAACGGCGAGGAAGAAUCGACGGAGCUUCGGAGGCUUUUCAAAGGAUUAGAAAACUGCCCUGGAUUCGUUCGGGUCGGACCAGCCGGAUAUUUAUUUUCGGUAGCAUUUGAACCAGAAAUCAAGAGUAUAUACAACAUGGAAGUAAGAGCUACUGAUAUAAUAUAUGUCGCCACAUUUCCGAGAUCAGGGACAACGUGGACUCAAGAAAUGGUCUGGUUACUAUUGAAUGACUUAGACUACGCCAAGGCGGCCUCACUUAAUCUUGUCGACAGAUACAUAAAUGUUGGAAUCUCGAUCUGGGGUCUAGCAUCCAGAGCAAAAGGUGCCAAAAUAUUAAAAUUUAAAGAAGAAGACAAGCGUAAAUACAAACAAAUAAUAACGCCCGGUUGUGAGCUGCUAGCGGCAGCAAGUGACCCUCGCUUCAUUAAAACCCAUCUUCCAAUGUGUAUGCUGCCUCCUAAUCUCAUAGAAACAGCCAAAAUAGUAUACGUAGCAAGAGAUCCACGAGACGUUGUAGUCUCACUGUAUCAUUUUUACCGUCUUAUGCCUGUGCCGCAGUUUACAGGGGACUUCAAAACUUUUUGGAACAUGUUCGUCCGCGAUAACGUCAUCAGAACACCUUAUUUCGCACACAUAAAAGAGGCAUGGGAAUUGAGAAAUCAUCCAAACAUGCUAUUCCUGUUCUACGAGGAACUUAAAAAUGAUCUUUCCAAUACAAUAAAACGCACUGCAAAAUUUUUCAACAAAGAAUACACAGAUGAACAAAUCUCAGUGCUGUGCAAUCAUCUUAAUAUAAAUAAUUUCAGACAUAACGACUCAGUAAGCUUGAACUUCUUAGCAGAUGUGUUUAUACCAGGAGAAGAACCAUUUAUAAGAAAAGGAAAAGUUGGCGGCUGGCGAGAUUACUUCGAUGACGAGAUGACCGUGGAAUGCGAACAAUGGAUGGCCAAAAAACUGAAGGAAACUGGUAUUCGGUUUCCGGUUUUCAGUAAUGAUGUAACCAAGAAAUGAAUCACUAAAAUUUUCUUAUCGAUUCUGUUACUUUUUAUUUAUAAAUAAACAAGUAAAGAAAUCUUAUUCACUCCUGAA